AGCAGCUGUAAAUUGAAAGUGAAAAAUGAAGCAAUGUUUGCAAUGUAAAGAGGUUUACUCCCCUCUGAAUCAACGUAGUUUUCACACGUUUCCAAGUGACUGUAAUUUAAGAACGAAGUGGCUGAAUAUUCUCAAUUUACCUAUGUCUUUAGAAGUGAAAUUUAAAUUUAUAUGUAGUGACCACUUCAGUGCAGACAGUUUUCAUCAAUCUGAAGGGCGAAGCCGAAGAAGGUUGCUGACAGGAGCACUUCCAGUUGUACAUGAAGAUGGGAAGACAAUUUGCUUGUCUGAACCUCGUCAUAUUCAACAGGAUCAAUGUGAUGUGGUACUUAGCCCACCUAUGUACAAACAUGUAUCAACAGUUGACGCAUCAAAUGAUUCCCUAGUAGCUGUCACCGAAGGUAGUCGUAGCAGCCAUGAAUCUUUUGAUAAUACAAGGAAAAAUGAUUAUGCUGAUAAUAGUUCCCUGGAAGACUCUAGUAUUACUGUGAUACAGAGCUUAACUACAUUAAAAAAUGCGUCAACAACUAUGAAUAUGCAAGAAAGUAGUUCGAACUAUUUUCCACUUGGGACAAAUACUGCAAGUCAUAGCAACGGAUCAGUUCUCCAAAAUUGUGCUUCAUCAGUCAAUUCUGUAAAUGUUAAAAGUAACUCGAGGAAAAGGAAACUGACAUGUGAAAAUUAUAGUGCACCAAAAAAGAUCAAAUUCAUGGAUGGAUGUGAAACGCAUUAUAUAUCACGAUCUCAAUUUUUAGACGACGAGGGGUGGAACGUAUUCCUGAUUUAUAAAAAAGUCCAAGAAAGAAAAUUGGCUGCAGCCCAGAACAAAAAAUCUCGACGUAAUAAGAAAAUUAAAUGUUUGACUGGUGUGAUUCAAAAUCUUAAAAACACCAGCGAGAGGGGUAUUGUAGAAAAUUUCUUGAAGGUUAAUUGAAUUUAUUUUUUAAACUUUUACGACAUUUACGUCCAAAAUGAAUUUAUAAUCGUGAUUUUUU